UUUCCCAGAGGGGACCGGAGAGAGUGAAGCAAAAAUAAUAAGAGAGAGAGAGAGAGAAACAGGAAAAGCGUGACUUUACAUAGUCCACUUCCAAAGGGCAAAGAUUCUUUGCCUCCUAACACUAUAAUAUCCAUUUUUCCACCCAUUUUAAUCCAAUGACAUGAUAUAUAUUAUAUAUAUAUAGCUCUCUAAGAGCUGCAGAACGUAUAAUUCUUAAAAAGAAAAGCUGCAAUGGAUUUGGUUCAGUUGCAAAGGCAACUAGUUGACUACAGAACCUCACUCUACCAUGAGGGUUUUCUGGAUGAACAAUUCACCCAACUUCAGUCACUCCAAGAUGAAAAUAACCCAGAUUUUGUUGUGGAAGUAGUGUCUCUUUUCUUUGAAGAUUCUGAAAGACUUCUUAAUGAACUGAGUAAAGCACUAGAGCAGCAGGUCAUAGAUUUCAAAAGGAUGGAUGCUCAAGUUCACCAGUUGAAAGGUAGCAGCUCUAGCAUUGGUGCUCACAGAGUGCAGAAACUCUGCAUCGUCUUCCGGAACUAUUGCGAAGCUCAGAACGUGGAAGGAUGUCUUAAAUGUCUGCAACAAGUGAAGCAUGAGUAUGGCAUUAUUAAAACCAAGCUUGAAUCUAUGUUCCAGCUUGAACAACAAAUCCUGAAUGCUGGUGGCUCAAUCCCUGUGUAAUUCUAAAAGGACCUAUGUGCAGAGAAUGGGGAUUUUGGGUAUGGUAUCUACUUUUGAGCUUAAAAGCUUGUAUCAUAACGAAUCAUGUGAAUUCCAAUAAUUAUCAAUCUAUUUAGGAACAACAAGCUCUUCUUCUCUCUUCAACUCUGUACUAAACCAGACAUGUCUGGUAUUAUCACUGCUGUGUUUUAAUCAAGGCCAGCAUAGCUCUUAA